CUCUCAUAGAACACAACCACCGAAAUGUCUGACUCGGAAGCUGGGGGUGGUGUCCCUCUAAUAGAGCCUGCAUUUGACUCCACUUUAACAUCAAAGAAACGGAAGAGAGGUGAUGAAACAGAGGUGGAUGCCGAGACCAAAAAGGCACUCAGGAAGGCAAAGAGAAAGGAAAAGAAAAGGCUGAAAGUAAAAGGGACAGCUAUCGAUGAAGAUGACCUGGAUCAAGAGCUACGAGUUAACCAUGCAUUUGAGCGAAUGGACAACCAACUACUCGCUGACUACAUCAAUUCGCGAACAAGGCACUAUGGGAAAGAGCUAAGCAGUGUUGAACUUGAGGACAGAUUUAUCCCAGGUCGGGCUAUUCGCAACACUAGCAGCUGGACCAAACCACGAACUCUGGAGAACCUUGCAGCUUUUCUCCACAAGCAGACCAAGAAGUUAAAGCCAACCCCAGCCACACCAACCGGAGCACCACAUACGAUUAUCGUGACUUCCUCUGGCAUUAGAGCCGCAGACGCCUUCAGAGCUCUUAGAUCUGGCCUCCCAGAACAGGGCAUGAAGAAUCCAAGCGUUGCCAAGCUUUUUGCGAAGCAUCUCAAGGUGGACGAGCAGGUUGCCCAACUAACCAGGUUCAAAACCGAUUUUGGUGUUGGCACUCCGGACCGACUUUCCCUUCUGCUAGACCAGAAGGCAUUAUCUACUGCGAAUCUCAAGCAAAUUGUCAUAGAUGUCUCCUAUAUCGACCAAAAGAAACGCGGUAUCCUCGAUAUGAGAGAGCUCCAUGAACCCUUGAUCAAACUGCUUCUUCGAAAGGAGUUCAUGGGCGAAGAUAAGUAUGGUGGGAAUGAUCUGCUGCUCUUCUACUGAGCGAAUUAUAUCUUGUAACUGCUUUCUUCGGCUAUUUAGUAAAUGGUAAAGUGGUGGAGCUAUUGCCUGCUUUAUGCGUAGCGGGGUUCAUUUAGUCUGGAUGAAGUAACCAACACUAUAAUGGCCAGGUCGUAGUGAAAUCCACAAGAGAUAUCUCCAAGUCUGUAGGUCAUGUGGCAUCGAUGUAUUCAGGUAGUAGUGACAUGUUCAGUGCUGAGGCUUUGCCUAUAAUGUCCGGCGUACCUACGACACUCAACCGCCGAGAAAG